GGGGGUCAUGGGUGGGGUCAGAGUUCGAGGGGAUCAAGGUUAGCUCUUCCAGAGCAAGCCGUGCUGCAUAGCCAGGGAGAGCUGCCAGGGAGCAAUGGAGAGAUGCCGCCCUGCCACAGAGAGCUAUCGCCCUGCGUGGCAGAGAUGCCUGGGGAAAUGCCACCCAGCAAGAUUGAGAUGGAGCCCUGUCUGGUUGAGCUGCCACCCAGCCAUGGAGAGCUGGGAAGCAGCCUUGGAGAGCUGCUGCCCUGCAUGGUCGAGAUGUCGCCCAGCAAGGCUGAGAUACCUGAGAAGCAACCAGGGCUUGUAUCCCGCGGGAAGUGCCUAGUCCAUAACUGGCAGGAGGAGAGAACCACAAACGAGCUGGAUCGAGUGCCGAGUCCGGAGCUGGGCAGUGAAGGCUUCUUCUACCGGCACGGGCACCGCGGGCUGCUCACUCUUCAGCUCCUCUCGCAGCUGGCCGACAGCACCACCAUGAAGGAUUCCUAUCGCAGGCCCCAGCGGACCGGGCUGCCUGUGAGAGGGCAGCGGGAGGCCAUGCUGGAGUUAAUGCUGUACCAGAAAUACAGGAGGGAGACCCUGACGGAGCUUUCCCCUCUGGCCGGGCCCAUGGAGUCGCUCUCCACCAGCCACCGGGACUACUGCCAGGAGGGCUUCCAGGCUGCACUGCUGCCCCCCACCAGGCCCCACGACUAUCGCCUGGAGCAGCCCCACACCUUCUGGCUGGAGAGCGCCCGCCAGCUGCCUGGCGUCUCCAACAUCCGUACCAGCGACACCCCCUUUCGGAGGAACGCAACCUUCACCACCCCGAUCAGCGACUACCUGGACCAGCCCUUGCCCUACGCCCCAGAGAACUACCCCAAACUUUAGGCCUCGCAGGGCAAUAAAGAGUGGACGGGA